AUGUCAACCGAAACACCCGCUGUGGCUGCAAAGCCCAAGAAGCAGCUCAUCAUCAAUGCGUUUGUAGAGUCUUGCAGUGGUCAUCAGUCUCCUGGUCUCUGGAGACACCCGGAUGAUCGCUCCUGGGACUUUAACAAUAUCAGUCACUGGGUGAAGCUCGCGCAGUUGCUAGAAAAGGGAAAGUUUCACGGCAUCUUUAUUGCCGACGUUCUCGGAUCUUAUGAUGUCUACAAAGGGCCUCGAAACCCAGACCCAGCCAUCAUCUCUGGCGCUCAAUGGCCCGUCAAUGAGCCCCUGGCCACGGUUCCUGCCAUGGCAGCUGCCACUAAGAACAUUGGCUUUGGUGUAACUGUUGCGACUACUUACGAGCAGCCAUAUCAUCUGGCACGCCGUCUGAGCACCGUGGAUCACCUAACAGGUGGACGACUUGGCUGGAACAUUGUGACGGGCUACCUUGACUCUGCUGCCAGAAACCUGGGGCACACUGAGCAGCCUAGCCAUGAUGAGAGAUAUGCCAUUGCCGAGGAAUACGUCGACGUCACAUACAAGCUCUGGCAAUCCUCAUGGCGUGACGAUGCAGUCAAACUAGACCGUGAAAAGGGAGUCUACACCGACCCUUCUCUCGUCCGCCUCAUUAAUCACGAGGGAAAGUACUACAACGUCCCAGGCCCUCAUAUCUGCCAGCCAUCCCCCCAGCGCACUCCCCUCAUCCUUCAAGCCGGCACCUCUAAAGCCGGAAAGAACUUUGCCGCCAAGCACGCAGAGGCGAUCUUUGUGGCUGGUCACAGUCCUGCCGUGGUUGCCAAGAACGUGGCAGAAAUUCGCGCCCUUGCAAAGGAGCAGUUUAACCGUGAUCCUGCAUCGAUUAAGUUCUUGGCUAUGUUCUGUCCUAUCAUUGGAAAGACGCAAGAAGAAGCAGACGCGAGAUACAAAGAGCUCGUGAGCUAUGGUUCUGAAGAUGGAGCUCUGGCUUUGUUUGGCGGCUGGACGGGUAUCGACCUCGCUCAGUACGGCGACGACGAAGAGCUUCGAUACGUCGAGUCCAACGCGAUCCGCUCAGCUGUCGAAUCGUGGUCCAAGUCUCUGCCUGGUGUUCCAAAGUGGACAAAGCACACGGUAGCAAACCACAUCAAGGUGGGCGGACUGGGAGCAACAGUGGCCGGAACACCGGAGCGUAUCGCCGACGAGAUGGAGAGGUGGAUUGACGAGGCUGACAUUGACGGCUUCAACCUAUCUUAUGCCCUCCUUCCGGCAACAUUUGAGGAGGUUAUUUCUGAUUUGCUGCCUGUGCUGAGGAAGCGAGGUCUCUUUUGGGAUGACUACGCUGUCGACGGGGGAACUUAUCGAGAGAACCUGUACGGGAAGAAGGGUCUUGCGAGGCCUCCAGCGGAUCAUCCGGCAGCACAGUAUCACUGGACCAAGGAUCAGGCGUAA